CAGUUUUCUUUGUUUAACUUUAGACCAUCAAGUGUCAAACACGUGUAAAUUUAUGCUAAAUAAGUUUCUCAAAGAUAAAAUAUGUCCUCUAACUUAUCAGAGCCCCUUGAGGCUGAGAGAUCUCGGAAAAGAACAGCAAGUGAUCUUGAAGAGGAAAAAAGUGCAAGCUUGGAAGAUGAAACACAAAGCUCUAGUAAGGAAACCAGCUUGCCGCCUAGGAAAAAAAAUGCACCAUCAAGUUUGUCUGCGUUUAGAACAUGGAGUGAGUGUGGUGAUGAAUCAGAUUCAAGCUGCACAAAAAGUCAACUUGCAAGUUCAAAAGAAGGAAACUUCUCAGCAAGCCAUUGGACCUAUAAGGAUCUCAUAUACCUCAAUAUCUAUUACGAAGAUAUGCCAGAUCCCUUGGAAACCUUUAUAAAAGAUGUAAAGGAUGCCUUUAGGAAUGAAAAAGGUUUUUGUCCUGAUCCCAGCAAACUAACAAAUUUUCUGAAAAAAGAACUUGAAAAAAGUUUAACAUUUACGCAUGAAUUGAGAAAAUUUGAAAAAUUGGUGAAAAAGGAGCAUAGAGAAACACAGAUAGAAAAAGUAAAAAAAGAGAUUAAGGAAAACAUGGAAAUGACAUGGAAAAAAUGUGAUGUCCUAUUUGAUUUCAAGUCCUUGGAUUCUGCUACAGAGGAAUUUGUAAAGGAGACUGUUACAUUGUUUAAUGUGGCAGUAAGGGACUUUGCAGAGGAAACUCUUGAACUAUUAGGAAUGGGGAUAUUUCAAAAACCAAAGUAUGCUUCACAGGAAAAGGAGAGAGGGAAAAAUAGAGGUGGAAGAGCUAGAGGAGGGUCUCGUGGUGGACAUGACAAUGCAGAGUAUAUGAGUACCACUGAAAAUAUUUGUCAGCACUAUUGCAGAGCUUUUGGAAACAUAUUCUUUUUGAGAGAAGGUUUUUUAUGUGAGAGGUCCUUCACUUUUAACAAGCAAACAGUGAGGAAUACACCUGAUCUCAUCUAUCAUUAUCAUUCCGGAAAGACUAUGGAAGAACUCUUAUUUAUAAUAGAGGUAAAAAAAGUGCCAUUAAAUCUAGAUACUACAGAUAUAAGACAGCUUGUAGGAAAAAACAUUAUGGGGCAAGUUGGAGGAGAGCUUCUUGGCCAAUCACAAUACUCUGUAUUUUAUCCACAUUCUCUUGGAAUCAUUUGCAUGGAAACAAAGUUAAUUUUUGUUCUCCUGAAAAUGUCAAAAGAGCAUUCAGAGGGCCUAUUUUCUGGAGACAAAGGAACAGCAGACGAUCCUGGGAAGAUUCAUUACACUGAGCCAUUUGACAUAUUAAGAGCAGAGGACAGGUCUAAAAUUGCAGAAUUUAUGUUUUGGUUAGGAUUAGUUCAAAAUACAAGCAAAUACAAGUAUUUUGAAUCAUGUCAAUAGAUUAGCUGCAUUUGGUCCAUUGAUCAUGAUUGUUCAUAUGACAGGGAAC